AUGGCUGAAACAGGAUUAGGAGUUGACCAUAAUAGUCUGAAUCCCAUCCUUUAUAAGAGUUUUACAUUAAAAGAAAAAUCCACUUCAAAGCUUCGCAUUCUUAAAAGAAUCAGGAAAAGAUUGUCAGCUUCCUUUGGGAAAUUAACUCCCAAAGAUGGCUUGUCGAAUCUUGAAGAAACAGGGGCUUCUGGAGCGCCUCCGAGAAGUUUUUCUUCCAUGAAUAUUUAUGCUUUGUCAAGCUCUUCUUCAAUCCUUGGUCCUACAGCUAAUUUGGGACCAGGAGGAGAGGUGGCUGACGCUCCUCCGUAUCCUUACAGUCAUCAGAUGGAAUACACAACAGAUGAUCUUCGUUCAGCCUUAGAGGAUAGAAGUGUUCGUGUGGAUGAAGUAAAUCAUUUACUUUCUGGUAUUGUCAGUGGUGCUGUUUGCCCAGGUCCAAGCGCCAGAAGACUUAUGCAUAUGCAACAACAAAAUAUCCCUUCAAAUCAGUUGAACAGUAGACAAAGGCAGAGUAUUUGUUCUGGUGCAAUGUUGAGCUCUACAAAUCAACCUUCACCUUCACAUCAAACACAGGUGACUUCGCCAUCAUGUGAGCAAUUUACAAUACCUAUGAAUCAAAUUUAUACUACAGCAGCGAAUGCACGAUCCGUAAUACCAUCAACAACAGUAAACGCUACUAGUUCUCCAAACAUUGUUACUCGUGAUUCUUCUGUAGGUCCAUCUUUGGCUCGUAGUUUCAGAGAUAUUUUAUUGGGAAGAGGUCAUCAACCCAGUCAGACAUCUGGUACAUCAAGAUCAGCAAGUUAUCGUCGUAUUGCUCGUGCUCGUUGGCAUCAUUCAAUGGGAAGUGUACUUGCCUCAAGCUCGGGUAUCACAGCAUCAGGCAGUGAAGAGAACUUGACUGCAGUCAGUAAUCGAACAUCUCUUUCUCAUCAGCAUUCAGAAGAUCUUACAAGUGGUGCCGGUAAAUCCUCUCCUUCUUCUGGUAAACCCAGUCAAGCUCCUAAAUUGAGUAGAUUUCGAGUAUCCAAAAGAAGGUCAAGAUUUUCUUAUACACCUCCUGCACAUAUCGCCUCUGAGCCAGAAACGGAUUUGACUUGGGAAAACCAUGACUGCAGUCAUGAACGUCGUCAUAGUCGCCCUAGCCACUGUAUAUCACCUGGUCAUCUGAAACGAGAUUUUCCACACGAGUCACCGUUAACCUCUGUAUGUACUGUUCGACAUACAGACAGUCGGUCUCAUUCGCGUCCAAGACCACGAUCAGUCUCCUCGUCAACUUCUAAACUAGCAGGCUUUUGGAAUUCUCUUGUAUCAGGUGCAGGGAUUGGCAAUAGUAUAAUACCGAAACCUCAACUGCAGCAUCAUCCAUCGAGCUCUGCAACACCAACAACUGUUAAACAAGUGAAAGGACAUCGUAACUUCUUACGUAACAGCCGUCACACCGGUGAAACACAAAUGGGUUUGGUAAAAUCACGUUCCCGUAAAUCAAAACAUUCCAAAUCCAAUACAGAUGUAAAUGAUGGCUUAAUGAAAAUAUCUCCAAGUUCCUUUCUCAAUCGUCCACAUUCUGAAGAGUUACGUUUGGCUGGUCUACUGAAUUUACGUGAUCCCAAUAUAACACGUUCACCAUCACAACUUGAUACAACCAAUGUUACAAAUAUCAGCAGUGCCUAUCGACGUAAUUCUCCUGCACCUGUUAACAAAUUAACCAAUUCACAACGAUAUGUUACCGGUGGGAAAUAUGUUGGGUCUCAACGGAUCAAUGAAGAUUAUAUAUUGCCAUCAACUAAUAGUACGCCUCAAUCGCAUUCUCAAUCACCGAAUAGAAUAAUUCAUAAUCGUUCCUCUUCAUCACGUAGUUUUGGUUGUGUUGAUUCCUAUCAAAAGUUAGAUGUUCUUGGUGAAGGAUCUUAUGCAACUGUAUACAGAGGAUAUUCACAUGUAAUGCGUCGUGCUGUUGCUGUCAAAGAGAUACGAAUUAAUCCAGAAGAAGGAUUACCGUUUACAGCAAUUCGUGAAGCCUCCCUACUCAAAGCCUUACGUCACGCUAACAUUGUUAUUUUACACGAUAUUGUGCAUACAAAGAACACGUUAAACUUCAUAUUCGAAUUUGUGCAAUCAGAUCUAAGUAAAUAUAUUGAAAAUCAUCCACGUGGAAUUAAACUACAUAAUGUCCGACUUUUUCUUUAUCAACUAUUACGAGGUUUGGCUUACUGUCAUGAUCGUCAUAUCCUUCAUAGAGACUUAAAACCUCAAAAUCUGCUUAUAUCCGCUCAAGGUGAAUUAAAGCUUGCUGACUUUGGGUUAGCUAGAGCUAAAUCUGUACCAAGUCGUACUUACAGUCAUGAAGUUGUUACACUGUGGUAUCGUCCACCAGAUGUCCUUCUUGGUUCAACAUGCUAUACUGCCUCCCUGGAUAUAUGGGGCGUUGGUUGUAUUUUCACCGAAAUGAUAUCAGGAGUUGCAACAUUUCCUGGAUCAAAAGACUCAGUGGAUCAACUUGAUAAAAUUUUUCGGGUUAUGGGUACACCAAGUGAAGAAACAUGGCCUGGUGUUUCUAAACUACCUAAAUACAGAAGUUUAUUAGGCGAUAUCAAUUUGAAUUUACCAGUGCAAAGAACUAAAAGUAUAUCAGUAGCAUUAAGUAAUGAUACUACUAGUGGAUGUGAAGAACGACCACGUAAACCUGGUGAUAGUGAUCAGAAACAAAGACGUUUACAUUAUUAUCCUAGUCGACCAUUGCAUAGAGUUAUAUCACGUUUAAAUCGUGCUCCACAUGCUGAAGCAUUAGCUGUACAAUUUUUACAACUUCAACCAUCGAAAAGAAUUAGCGCUAGAGCUGCUAUGCGUAGUGUAUACUUUUCAAAUCAUUUGCCUACUGCUCAACUUGCCUGCCUUCCUGACACUGUAUCUAUAUUUGUCAUACCAAACAUACGCUUGGUUCCUGAGUCAACUUCACAACCAAGUCCAAACAAAGAAUCAUCACGUAAUUAUUAUCGACGACAUGCAAAUGAAAAUGAUCAAAUUGAUAUACCAAUACAACAUCAACACGGGGAUCCAUCAGAAGUUGAUGAAUUUCCUGCUUCAACUACUAUUGUCGAUAGAAAUGAAAGUGUUCAUGGGGAAUCGCAUGGUCGUUGGCAUCGUCCAGGUCUUUCAAAAUUUGAAAAACAAUUAAUAGCUGAUGAAAGUUUACAAUUACCGUCAUCUCCAACCUCGGGAACAAAUUCAUCUAAGGUUUCAUGGUUAGGACUACAGAAUAUAUCUAUAUCAGAUAAAAAUCGAAGUAAUAGCAGUAUGAAUUGUAAAGCUGUAGUGAAUGGAAAAGGCAAUAGUGGAUCUGAAGGUGAUAAGAGUGUAUCUCAAGAUGAGAAUCCUACAACUAAUCAUUUAUAUGUCUCACGAGCUUAUGAGUCAGCAGAUGCUGUAUUGAAUGCUGUCCCUUUCGACAAACCAAAUGAUGAUGUAUCUAAAUUAACCAAUGAAGAAUGUGAACCAGUUAAAGUCUUUCCUGCCUGUUUUGAUUUACCUAAGAAAUCUGAUCGUCCAACAUCAAAGGUGCCACCCUCUUCCUCCCGGAUUCAAAUGGCCAACCCUAUGUCUCCGAAUUCACUGUCUAAUUCAGUUUAUGAUUCACCUGUACGUGCUUCAACUGUUUUCUCUAAUCAAACAUCUGAUUUCCUCUCUCCUGCCAACCGUCCAAAUUUGCAUACACUAUCAGGUUCUACAUCUCAAGUCUUUCCCCCGUAUCUUCAUAAUGCUCAACAACAACCUAUGCUUACGCCAUAUCCUGCCUUAACGCCUUUAUUUUAUUAUCCUGAUUAUUAUUACCCAGAGUGGAACAAUGUACAAAAUUCUGUAUACUAUCCUCAGAUGCCGACACUGGAUGAACGUCGUACAGCUGCCGCGGCGGCAGUGGCAGCCGCUGCAGCUGCGGCCGCCGCAGUUACACUCUAUCCUGCUGUUGCUCCACACUCAGAUACACAUUUACCAGGCAACCUUGUCUCUUCCAUGUGUUCACAUGAUCAUGUGCCUCAAGAAAUGAGUAUGAUAUCCAGUACAAUGGAUCCUGGUUCUUUAAAUAUUAGCAAAUGCAGUGAUAGUUACAAUGAAGAGUCUUUAGGCAAAGAACCGCAUUCUAAUCGACCAGACGAUAAACCAUGUGAAAGCUUUAACUGCAAUAUGUCGUUGCCUGGAACCUCUGAUAUACAGUUGUCCAACAGACUGCCAUCUAACUUCAGCAGUUAUUAUAUACCAUAUGGUUUACCCUUAAAUUGUUCAAAUCCAAUGUAUAUGUGUCCCUGCUUUGGAGCGGCUAACUGUGUUGGUGCACCGAACUCCACUAUACCAGUUAUGCACAACCCUUCAGUUUUUUGGGAUCCUAAUUCAAUUCCUUAUAUGUUUCAUAUACCUCGACAACACAAUGUUAUGCCAUGUGAAAGAGAACGAUCUCAUAGUGCUUCACUAGCUACUUCUUUGAGUGUUGGGUCAGAUCAAAAAAAGCAUAGUGAUAGUCCGAAAUCACAAGUACCAAAUGCAUCCUUCAAUCAACCACCUUAUCCUUACUCACAAUCACAUUUAUCGACUGAGAAUAAUUCUAAAACUGCUGAUUCUUUGAGCACAUCAGAAUCUCAUACUAGUCAUGAUACUAUGGUCAAUAGUUCGACAGUUUUCUCAAAUUGCUCAAAUCUAAAUUCUGACUUAUCUCAAGCAAACUUUUCAUCUCAAACACACUUCCCUCAUGUGAAUGCUGAUCAACAAACUUGUAGACCAUGUCAAAAUACAAUAGGUCUCACACCUUGUCAAGUUGGUUUCUCUGACCUCCAACAGACAUAUCUAAUGAGACCAAAUCUUAUUCCUACAAUGCCCAAUUGUUUUUAUCACAAUGUAGCUAGUCCAUUACGUUUUUUUCCUGAUGCUAAUGCUUACAUUCCCCAGAAUAGUUAUCCUCAAAAUACAGGCAAUUUGACAAAUCCACGUGAUCAUGUAUAUAAUUCAGGAAUGACAAUACCUGAUCAUUUAUACCAUACGAAUGGUAAUAAUAGUAAUAAUAAUAAUAGUAACACUAAUGGAAAUAAUUGUGGUGAUACCAUUGAAACACCACCGUCAAACCACCUGAUAUGUACUCCAUCGUCUUUCUUAGCUUUCUCAUGUAAUCAUAAUGAAUCAUAUGAAGGGGAAACAAUGAACUCUGAAGAGAAGAAGCUGAACAAUAAGAAUAAGAAGCCUGUUAAUGAUGAUAACAAUAAUAAUAAUAAUGAUAAUGAUGAUGAAAAGUCUUCUCAUAUGAAACAUACCAACCCUUGGUAUGACAAUCAUUGUUAUCCAAUGAAUAAAUGUUUGUCAAGCGUGGUUGGAUAUCCAAAGUCGAAUAUGCUGAGUAAUAAUAAUAUGCAUAAUAAUAUUGAACAACAAAUGCAUUAUUUACAUUUAUAUGAUAAACGAAAUACAGAGUUAGAUGUACGCGUGAAUCGAAGUAUCAGUUUUACAUCACCUGAAACUAUGCGAUUGGAUCAUUUACCGAUAGUACAACAGCAUAGCUUAUUUAAUAACGGUCUUAAUCAUAAUAGCAAUAAUCAUAAUAGUCAGUAUCAGCAUCGUUUACCAGCGUAUUCACAUUAUCGCUUACCUCGAUCAUAUGCUUAUUAUCCAGCUAGUAAUUAUUCAUCUCUGGCAGCAGCUGCAGCAACACAGAAUCCUAUACGAUUCGGUAUGCCUUUCAAUAAUAACAAUAAUAAUAAUAACAACAAUAGCAAUAAUAAUAAUAAUCAUAGUAAUAGUAUGAACUAUCCAUACCGUUAUCAUCAAUAUCCUCACCAACACCAACCCCAAUAUCAUCAUCACCAUUCGCAUUCAUUACAAGAUAAUUCUACUGGAAAACUGUCGAAUUCAUGUGGUUUAGAUGAAAUCUCACAGCAACAGCAACACCAGCAACAACAACAAAUUAAUCAUAAUAAUCCAUUACAUUUUUGUCAUUCAUCAUCAUCUGAUAUGAAUAAUACUACUCACAAUAAUAUCAGUAGUAGUAAUAAUAAUAACAAUAAUGAUAAUGGUAAUAAUAACAGUAGUAAUAAUAAUAAUAAUAGUAACAGUAUUAAUUUAUUUGAUACCUACGAUCAACGGGCCCAGACAAAUGUUUAAAUCGUCAGAGAUGCAUUUUAACUUGAUAAUUAUUAUUAUUGUUAUUCUUGGCAAUAUUGUGCAAUAUCAGUACUCCCUUCCAUCGGUUCGUCCUUUUAACCUUCAUAAAGUAUAUUGGCUGAUUGUCGUCUAUUCGUUUGUUAUUAGCAUUAUUAUCUUGUGUAUAUACUUAUACAUAUACAUAUAUGUUUGUAUUAUUUUCCCUUUUUUAGAUUCUUAACCUGAAUCUCUUUCUUUGUGACACCGGAAAUAUAAAUAAAUAUUCAUCUCAGCAAUCCUAUCAUAUAUAUAUAUAUAUAUAUAUAUAUAUAUAUAUAUAUAUAUAUUAUAAAUCUUUUCCCUUUUACAUCGAUUGUGAGUAAUCAGGAUCUGUAUUUUAUAAAGCGAAAAUGUGUUUCCCAAUUAGAGGCAAUAGAGUACUCAUGAGAUCGAUCGAUCGAUCGAUAGGCAAGUAUUAUUAUUAUUAAAUUACUUCAUGCUUAUCUCACUCACUGCAUUUCUGAACAGUUUCAAUAGGUGUAAAAAAGAAACGAUAAACAGGAAAAUCAAACGAAACAAAAUAAAACUGUCCAUCACACACUGGACAUUUUAUUCAUUGUAUUAUUGUACAAAUCAUAACCCUUUUAGUCUGUUUUGUUGGCCAUUUUUUUUUAAAUUUCAAAAAGAAAAUUUUCGUUUUUUCUUUGGCCUUUUGUUUUCUUUUUUUCCAUUACAGAAACUUUUGCAUUUUGAAAAUAAAUAAAAGUGUAAACUGCAUAUUCGUUAUAUCUUAAUUAUUAAUUAUCAUUAUUUACGAGUAUUUAUAUGUUUAUCUCGUGCAUUUGUUUGUCUGUCUGUUUGUUAUAUGUAUGUAUGUAUGUGCGUAUGUUAUUAGCUAUUUUUAUUUAUUUAUUUAUUUCCGGUUCAUUUUCUUUUUUGUUUCCUUUGUUUUCCAUUUUGACUAUCUGAAUGCAUUUUAUCCCAUGUUGUUUCUUGUUUCCGAACUGCUCCAACUACCUUGCCAUUUUCAACUUCAACCGUUCAAAGAACCAACCAACCACCCACCUACACAACCUGCUUCUUCCAUUGUAUUGUUCUUUUUGUUUCACCCUCUUCUUCUUCCUUCUCCUUCUCCUCCACAUCCUCCUCUUCCUUUCUCUUAUUUGAUUUGUGUACCAGUGUAAAUUAUUUGCCAGUGAAAGACCUUACUCUUUUCAUUUCUUUUUUUUUUGAGAAAUACAACUUAAGUGAAUGUCUUUGUUGGCUGUUGGUUCUAUUUCUCGACUUAUUUGUAGAAAAUUCAUUUAUGAAUGUCUGUGGUUUUGUGUUUUGAAAGGAUUCACUGAUGCGGUCCAAACUUUUAUCUGUGAGGAAGUUCGCCUUGUCCUCCUCUAUGUCUGUGAACUAAUGGUCAUUGAAAGUGGGGAGUAUGAAUAGGCUAGCUGGUUGUCUUUGACCACGGAUAUUUGCGUUCUGCUCCCCCACCCCCGCCUUCGAGUGGUGUUAUAUGGUGAGGUCAGGUGUACAGGAUAGGCCAAUCAAUAUGGUUGUGAAGGUGAGUCGGUUGAGAUGGCUAGGACACGUGUUAAGCCUCACGAGUCUUUGUGUUCCUCAUUGAACAAUGUUAGCUGUCAUUGAGAUGAGCUGGAAAGGAGUUAAUGGUGGUAAAACGAAAACGUGGCAUCAGUUCAUGAAGUCUUUGACAGUUGGUUUGAGUAAUAUGAGAAGUGUAUGGGUGCUUGGUUGGGAUCCUCGGGAUGCUAAGAAUCAACGGCUGUAGAUUAUCAUUGUUCACAUGGCUGAAAAUCUUCUUCAGCGGCUUAAAUGCAUUCACUCUUUGUGAUCUGUAAUAUCCACUAGACCGUCAUUUUUUUCAUGUUACCAUUCUGCCUCCGUACAAUUCUGCUUAUUGAAGUUCUUUUUAAUCUUUUUUCACUACCUUUGUUAUAUAGGGUUUGGUAAAUGCUGCACUUCUGUGUAAAUUUCUACAUUGAAACUCAACUGCGAAAUGACACGAUAUACCAGGUGGUAACAUGUAACUGUUGACUUCUCUUACUAAAACUUCAAGUAUCCUACAAUUCAACUGAGCGAUGAUCAAAUGACUAAGAAAUUAUCACAGAUGUCUUGGUCAUCAUUUAAUCGGAUAAGAAGAGAUUAUCUGUCGUUUAUGUGUGCCACUAAACAAUUAUUUUUCACUGAUGAUAACAAGUCUGUCUAUGAGUUUUGACACGUAUCUCCCAUCUUGCCUCUAUAACACACUUAGUAGCUUCCCACUGUAUUAUUAUUAUUAUUAUUGUUUU